AUGUCUUCCAAUCUCGCAGACAACAGAGUCAUCAUGCAGAGCUAUAGGUCUCCCAUGACCUCAGAUGAUGAUCUUCUAAUCUCUCUCCUUCAAUUCCAUCCACAAUCUUCAGAAGAGGAGUCUCCUGCUGCUGAGUCCUCCUCUCCUAAUGAAGACGAUGUUGGCCGCAACUGCCCAGUGACGUACGAGCAACCAUUCGAUGAUCCAGACAUGGAGCCGGCGCCUUUCGAAUCUGACACCGUCUCAAGCGUAGAACCACUACCACUAUCUGAUCUUCCCUCCUCUAAGCCUUCGUCCCUUCAACACGAAACUAGGGAAGCAGAUCUUAUUCAAAGUGCGUUAUCCAUUCUUUUCGAAGCCCCCAACGACAUUGUUCCGUGCAAGAGAACCUCCGAAGAUCUCCUAUCAGCUACAACCACUCGCUCUCAUUAUUUCAAGCGUCAGAGACUCAGCCCCGAAGAAGUAUCUUGUGAUCAAACGGUGAUGCGAUUCCGCCCGUAUCAAGAUCAACAAUGGAAUGGAAUGUUCCAAAAACUCGUCCAGUACAGGCUCAAACAUGGGCACUGCAGUGUACCACAUUCCUAUCAAGAAGAUCGGAUGCUUGCCCGAUGGGUCAAGAGGCAGCGAUACCAGCAUACGAAACUCAAAGCCAAAGACCCUUCGUCUACCAUGAACCAUGACAGCCCGCCGUAUUCAACAGCUCGAGUCCAUCGGCUUUGUUUGGCAUUCCCAUGA